AUGGAUUUUGUAUAUGAAACAAAGGAAUCUAUUCUUAGCGAACUAUUCAACAAAAAAACCUUAAAACGAAAACACAAAUUGAAGAAGAAUAGAAAACUUAAUGAAGAAUAUGUUUCUUUCUUGAAUGAUGUUCGUGAUUAUUUCAGAAAAUCCUGGUAUACUUUUCUUAACGAUUGUGAAGAAGCAAAACAAUUCAACGAUUAUUCAAGGUAUCUUGUGAAUGAUAUCUUAAAAGAAGAUCAAGUCGAUAACGAAGAAGUUAUCGACUUAACAAAUAAAGAAGGUGUUAUUGACAAAGUUGGUGAGAAAGAAGAAGGAGAUUUUGAUUACUAUUUUAAGCUUGAUAAGAAUAAUACGGGUUUAUUCGACAAUUGUUUUAUGCAUAACGAUUUAUUAUCAGUGUAA